CGAGUCAGCACACUCGAGCGCUUUGCCAUUGCAUCGCAUUGCAUUCGCAUCUUGGUUGCGACGAUGUGUGGUCGGUUCCGCGCGCUCAAUAACUUUAUUUUCGAGAUCGAGACAUCGCGAGUACGACGUCUAUAGGUCUAGUAAACUUGUGUUUUGAGGAACAGUGACGUGCUUUUUUUUUUGGGUUUCUUUUUCGAGUGAAAUUGUUUAUUUAAGGGUUGGAAAAAAAUUAUUAUUUUUGAUGAAAAACAUUUUAUGGUGAUUUUGUUUAAGACCUGCCUAAAAAAAAGUAAAAUUUAAUAAGUAAUAGAUUUUCUUGUUGGAUAAGGCAUUGGGGUUGCAUUUUCAUCUCCGGGAAUUAAGGGAUAAAGUUUCGAGGGCGAAAAAAAAAAAAUAAAAAAUAAAAACGCAUUCAGCAGCGUGUAGAAUCGAAUCAGCUGUAAAUCUCGCGCAUGGCUCUUACCCCCCUCCAUAGUCGAGUGGUAGGGAUAGGGAACAGCUGUGAAUAAGAUACACACUCAAAACCUCGAGCUCAGAGUUGUCAGAUUCGUCAACGAAAACGGUUCGGUUCGAGAGAUUAGUAUGCUAAGUAUAGUCAAGUGCUAGUCCAUAUAUCGGCACUUGAGGACUUAGACAAAUUUUUCCGAAUUUUCAAAAUUUCUUCCCCAAAAGAAAAAAAAAACUUUUUGUGCGCGAGUGGGUGCAUUUGGUAAUUAAUCCCAAACAAUAAAAUUUCUGAUUUUCUUUUUUGGAAUAUUAUGGUACCUCAGCAAAUGGAAGGUUCCAGAUCCGAAAGCCCUAGCUCCAGUGGGGUUGCACCCCUUUUUGGUUCGCAACUUGUCGAUAAAAAUUCUUCAACACCUUAUUCUGAUGCUACCCAGACUAAAAAGAACAAUCCGAACCAUAUCAAAAGGCCAAUGAACGCGUUUAUGGUGUGGUCGCAGAUAGAACGCAGAAAAAUUUGCGAAGUAUCCCCAGACAUGCACAACGCAGAGAUCUCAAAAAAUUUGGGCAAGCGCUGGAAGCUGCUCAACGAAGACGAAAGACAGCCUUUCAAGGAAGAGGCUGAAAGACUUCGCCAACUUCAUCAAAAAGAAUACCCAGAUUACAAGUAUCGUCCUAGAAAGAAGACCGCUAAACCAGCGCCAAAAACGGCCUCCAAAAAAUCAUCGAAGAGAAGCAGCAAAUCAAAACGUAACGACAACAACAAUAACGAUUCGUUGGUCAAAGAUAAAAUAUUCAACAGACGCACAACAGUACCAGAAUCGGUGGCUUCGAGAUUGAAAGGCAGGCUCUCCAUUCCUCCAACUGAAAUAAUUGAACCUAAAGCAGAGCCUGUUACAAGAAUGGAAAUUAGCUAUGAUACGUAUGAAACAAUCAGACAGGGUCUACCUACCACAACGACUCAACAGCUCCCUAUAAGUUUCUUAGCCAAGGUACCAUCAAGUCCCUCAUGUGACACGCCAGAUUCACCCGAAAGUGCAACAAUAUACGAAGAUUCGUGGGUGAAUUUGGUCAAAGAAGAACCAGACGAUAGGCUCACGUGUGUAACACAAAUCCCAAAUACGUUAGAAGACCUAGAAAAUAUAGAUCUACUUCCAAUGGAAGGCAUAGAUCUAGAAGAAUUAGCUGAUUUGGAUUCUAGCUUCGACGCCACAUCUAACCACUCAGGUUCACAUUUGGACUUCACUUGUCCAAGAGACUUGUUUACAAUGGAUAAUAAUUGGGGUGAAGUGGAAAAUUAUAUAAUGUGAAGGGAGCAAUCUUAAGACUGUUGGACGCAUACAAUCAAUAAUUGUUAUUGAGCUGAUAAUGGAAUAAUUAUCGGUGUUCUGAGUCCAAUCGCGGUGGUCCACGACGAUUGUUUCAAGAGUCCACCACGAUAUCGUUAAUAAUAUGUUAUAUUUAUAUUAUUAUUAUUUAACCCCAGUUUUGAUCUCAUUUUUUUAUAAUAUUGUAUAAACAGAAAAAGGAAACCGACAUUGUUAGGUUCACCAGUCUUUCUUUUGAUCUACCAGUUAUUAGUGCCUAGCUCAUUGAGACGUCGAAGUAUGUAGACACUUCCGAUUUUCUAGUUUAGACAGAUUUUUAAGAUCCGUCGAAUGCGAUGGACACAAUAUCAGGCUGUGAUUCGAUUUGAUUCGAUAAUUUGAUGACCAAUUAAGUUUUGGUUAGUCAAAUUCAAAAAAAGUCCGUUUAAUUAGUCUUUUUACAGGUGCUGCUGCUUUUCUAUUGUCCGGGUGCAUUUUGUGACUCCAUUGGGGGCGCUUGUGCUACUUACGUUUUUGACGCUGAGAUAUUGCAAUUGGGACAUUUAUAUGUUUUUCACAGUCUGAGAAAUUUUGGAACUCGUUGUUUAACCAAAGUUUAUUUAUCUUAUUUUUAUUAUUCUCAAUAACUUUAAAUUGUUUUAGAAUCACUAUAUUGGUCAUCAUAAUAUUAUUGAUUUAUGCGUUAGAUAAUAAGAUAUUUAAAUAAUCUAUAAAACUAAAAUAUUUAAAAAAGAUACCUACUUACAUAUUCAGUAUAAAUGCAGCAAGUUAGGUCAAUCCAAGUAAUUGCUGUAUUUUAUUUGAAAAAGUUCUUGUUGGUAAAUUACCUACUUUGCAAAAUAAUAUUGUUUGUUUUUCAAUAAAUUUACUAUUUUGUUAGCCAUGCAUAUUAUACAUAUUUUAAUCAUUACUCACUUAUUUGCUAUUAUUACCUGUAAUAAUAUAAAUUUAUGUGUUAUAAAGCAUAAAUUAUGAAAAAAAUAUUUAUAUAAAUAAAUAAUCAACAAAUUAAUUAUUUGUACAUAGUGGUUCUACAGCAAUUUUUCUACUCUGAAACAACUAGAACCAAAUUUUUUACGACUCUCCCUCGUAUGUAUUCAAACCUAUAUUUUUUCAGGUAACAGUAAAAAUACAUAUUUAUUUUGCUAAACCUGUACGUACGAGGGCCAGACCAAAUAAUAUUGAACAUUGUGGCACUUUUUGCAUUGGGUAGAGUGCAAUUACUUUCUAAAGCGUUUUUCAGUGCAAAUUAUGACAUUUUAGAUAAUAAUUUUACUUUAGCCAGGUGGACAUAAUUUUAACAUUGGCCAAAAUAUCUUGUACUUAAUAUGUCAAGUUACUCAGAUGGUACUGUAAGGGUUUAUAAACAAAAAUAGAUAUUGGGUACGAUUGGAUAUUAUGAUGUAGUGAUGUAAGGAUUGGGUUAUGUUUGAUCUGAAUACAGAGGUAAUGUUUUAGUAAGGGUGAUAUAAAUAACAAUAUUUAAUAAUCUUUGCAUAUACAGCGUGUAACAUUAUUCUUACUCCAAAACAGUUUAUACAAAACAAUUUAUUUGAAGUUUUGAAAAUGUUACGCACUCUAUGUGAUUGUAAAAUUACAUUUUUCUAGCCACCGUUUUUUUUUUUUAAGGAAGAAAAUUGUUACCUGUCUAAUAAUUACUACUCGUAUAAUGCAAGCAAAUGUCCGGUAAACACCAAAAUCAGAACGUUUAGAAUAAUGGUUUUAUGAAUCAUUAAAAAAUUUCGAAAUAUUUUUCUAAAUUUGCAAUAUUGUCAAUUGUAAAAAAGAAAACACGUGAAAUUGUUAUUCUAAAGGUAAUUUUAAACUUUGUUAUGCACACUGUCGUCUGUUGUAAAUACUAAUUUCUUCAUGUUCCUUAUUCUAUAAAAGUAAUGCGUUCCGUCAAUAAGAUACCUAUAUUUCUGGACAAUUUGCAAAUUAAAAAAACUGUUGUUGAGACUUUCAAAUUGUACAGUUUACGAAAAAACCGAUUUAGAAAAAAAAGAUUGAUUAAUAUUGUACGCUUAAAACUCUUAUCUUUUUGGUUAAAUUCUUGACAAUUCAAGUCAAUGCACAAAUUAAACCAUAAGAUUAUGGGAUAUAACGUUUUGAAAUUUGUUUAGAGUAGACAACGAUAUUCUUAUAUAAAAAAUGAUAUUAUACAAGGCGCCAUGCCAUGCGUCAAUACAUGUGCUUUCAAUGUUUAGAAAUUACAAUUAGUAAACAGCACAAAUAAAUAUGCCUUUGUUUUUCAAUUUUAUAAAGUAAAAUAUUCUUUGGGUCUAAUUUUUAGUUGAAAACAAAAAUAAAAAUAAAAUUAUGUAUGUAUUAUCUUUUUUUAAAGCUUUAUUGUAUAAAGUAAGUAAGUUGCAUCAAAGGUUAUUAAAAGUGUAGAAACGCCAAACUACCCAUUACAAUAAUUCUUAGACGUAUAUUUAUCUAUCGAAAUUAAAAAAUCAUUGAAUAGCCACACCUCUGGUUAGGUUUUGAUUGAAAGGAACUAAAAGUUGAAUUAAAUAAUAAUGUAACUUACCUAACCAUUAAAUAACCUUUAUGAUUCUUAUGUACUUUAUACAAUAUUUAUUAGUUUCUCAAAAAAAAAAAAAAGAAUUAUAUUUGUGCUGAAAAAAGUUAAUAAUAUAAUAAUAAUAAUAAUAAUAAAAAAUUAGAUCGACUGUCCUUAUAUAAUAAGAGUUUUCGAAUUUUAAAAUUUUAUGAGCCUGAAAUGGUACAGUAUGAAAAAUGUAGUGUAACAUUCGGUGUAUUUUUGUACCCAAGUAGGACGUUAUAAGACAAAGACAGUUGCAGAGUUACCUGAAAUACAGUGUGUUUAAAAAAUAUAAAAAUAUUUAAUUAUUUCUUCUUGGUGAUAUAUUUGGACAAUGACUUUUAUUUGCAAUUCAAAUCUUAAAAUUUUUCUCAUUUCAUUUUAAUUAAAUAUUUUUGUAUUCUUUACACACCCUGUAUACGUUUCGACUGACUUAGAUUGUAGGGUUCGUAUUUUAGGCGGUGUACUGCGCUUAAAAUCGAAAUUUAUAUUGGGCUAAUCAAUCAAAGAAUUUUUUUUAUGAACUCUAACUCUAAAGUUUCGGCCUUAAAUUUAAAGACUAUGGUUUUCUUUAGACUUUCUAGAGGUCUCGAUUUGUUGAAAUAAAACUAAGCACAUUUUAAUAAAUUUAGUAGAUAAUCGAGAUAUAUAAAUUAUUUGUAUGGUUUGUUGGUUAGCCUAAAAAAAAAUUCUCAAUUUUGCUCUAACUUUUUUGUUUGACUGUAAUUUUAGGUAUAUUCUCUGCAUCUUCAUUGGCAGUUUGUAAAUAAAAUUUGUAAAAAUUGCUCAUAUUAUUGUAAACAUUGUUUUUGUUGAGGUGUUAUGCGAUAAGUUCUGAUUAUUGCAAUAAUGAUUUUUGAACCGAGAUAAAAGGGAAGCAUAAUCUAAUUUGCUGAUAAGGAAAAGAUGGAAUUUUUCGUGUGUCCAGAAUGUUUUGUGGUAUGGAAGUUGGAUCAUUAUUGGUUUUUUCGCAUUGUUAACUUUUUCUUAUUGGUGAACGAAUUAUAAGAGAUUACGAGUUUAGCAAUAUUUUUUCAUCAUGUAAAAUAAAUCCAAGCAUUUUGUAAAUCCUAUGUAUUAUAAUCAUAUUAAACUAUAUUGAAGUUAUUAUAUAGUGUGUAAAUUUUGUAUUGUAGUUGCUGUUAAAUAUAUUAUUAUAUGGCUAAUAAAAAGAUUUUUCAAUUUAACUCUA